CGUUUGGACGGUACGAUGGCGAAGGAAGUGCGUCGCAAGGCGAUGGAGCAGUUUAAUGCUAAGUUCGCCGUUCCACCUCCUUCUUAUCCAUAUCCUGCUGCUUCACCUCGUUAUCCUGCUCUUCCUGCUGCUGCUCGUUAUGCUCGUUAUGCUGCUGCUGCUGCUGCUCGUUAUGCUCGUUAUGCUGCUCGUUAUGCUGCUGAUGCUCGUUAUGCUCGUUAUGCUGCUGCUGCUCGUUAUGCUCGUUAUGCUGCUGCUGCUCGUUAUGCUCGUUAUGCUGCUCUUUAUGCUCGUCAUGCUGCUGCUGCUGCUGCUCGUUAUGCUGCUGCUGCUCGUUAUGCUGCUGCUCGUUAUGCUCUUUAUGCUGCUGCUGCUGUUGCUCGAUAUGCUGCUGGUUAUGUUGAUGCUGCUGUUGCUGCUGCUGAUUAUGUUGAUAAUGCUGGUGGUGCUGUUAAUCAUACUGGCCUGAACAAACGCAGCGUAGACUGGGGUAGCAGCAGCAGCUUAUCUGGAGGCAGCAGCAGCGGGGGCGUGUCUUUCUCUCGAGAAGACUUGAGCAAAAUUUUGAAGUUCGGAGCCACGAAGCUGUGGAAUCAAAGUAAACCGAAAGGCUGCGAGGAUGAGAGCAGCAGCAGCAGCAGCAGCAGCAGCAGCAGCAGCAGCAAUAGUGGUGGUGACGGUAGUAGUAGUAGUAGUAACGGUGAUGGGGGUAGUGGUGCUGCUGCAGCAGGUGCAGCAGGAGAAGGAGAUGGGUUCGGAGAGUUUGCUGCAGCAGCAGCAGCAGCAGAAAAACCGGCAGCAGAGGUAGAUCUUGAUACAAUUUUAGCAGAAGCAGAAGUAACAGUAACAGAGUCAUCAGAGAGAGGGGUUGCUGAUGCUUUGCUUUCAUCAUAUCAAAAUAUACAGGAGUUUAAAUAUGAGCCUUCAAACCAUGCUGCUGCUGCUGCUGCUGCUGCUGCUGCUGGUGCUGCUGCUGCUGAGGAGGAAGAUGAUGCAGAGUUCUGGGCUCAGUGUAUACCUUCAAAUGAACGAACUAAAUUUAAAAGACAAACAGAAGAUAAAUUAAUUAUUCAUGGGAAGAGAAAGACGAGAAAUGCUUUAUUUGCUUGGAGUCUUAGCAGCAGCAGAGGCGACGAUAGCCCCGAUGCUGCAGCAGCAGCAGCAGCAGGUAGCAGCAGCAGCAGUUAUAACGCUGGAGGAUCGGCGUUUCAUCCAGGAGGAUCUUCAUUAGGCGAGGGAGAUGAUGGGGCAGCAGCAGCAGCAGCAGCAGCUGCUGCUGCUGCUGCUGCAGGAGGUGCAGCAGCAGCAACACGAGGCCGAAGAGGAAGGCGACCUCGUCUUCUUAACCCUACGCAGCUAACUCCUAAGGAGCAGCAUCGGCUGUAUAGAGCGCUGCUACGAUAUGGAUGCAUAGACAGACGGAUGGAUGAUAUUGUUAAUGAUGCGAAGCUACAGCGUGUCUCUGCUGCUGUUGUUGCUGCAGCAGCGCAGCAGAUCAUUGCUGCUUGCAGAGAAAGGCUCAGUCAACCCGCAUCCAAACCCCCUACAGCAGCAGCAGCAGCAGCCUCUACUGUUGCUAAGAAACAAAAAAAUAAAGAUGAUGAAGAUGAAGACGAAGAAAACGAACAGAUGCUCAGACCCAAAGAAGAAGAAGACGCCAGAGAGGGUCGUUCAUACUUUACGCAGAUAGGAGACACGCGAGUAAACGCUUGGGAUCUGAUGGAGAGGCUGCAGCUGCUGAAGCUGCUGCACGAUGUCUUUGAAGAGCAGCAUCCUCAUUGUGCUGCUCCUUGGAGGCUGCCGACUGGGCCUUUGUCAGCAGAAUAUACCGGCCUACAGCAGCAGCAGCAGCAGCAGCAGCAGCAAGAGCAGCAGCAGCAGCAGGGUACAGGAGAUGGAACGGGUAUCGCAGCGAAUCUGCAGCAGCAGAAUGAUCCUAAUGCUGCUGCUCUUGCUCCAGCAGCACCAGAUGCUGCUGCUGCUGCAGCAACUGAUGUUACUCCAGCAGAAGCGGAGGCUGCAGCAACCGCAGAGGCAGCAGCAGCAGC